AUGAACAGCUUCGAUCCACACAGAGAAUCUUCCUCCUUGAGAUAUAAUCAGCAAGAUAUAACAACGUCGACAAAUAUUAAUCAUAACAUUAAUCUUAUGGGUGGUUCUGCAACUCCAUCUCCUUCUUCUUCUUCGGCUAACCCUAUCAACAAUGCUUCCCACUUCACUCACGAUAAGUUCCGUGGCUUCCCUGAGCUUGACGACCACGAUCUGGCGGCCACUGUCGUCCCCGCCGUGACGGUGGUCUUGGAGGGCCGUUCCAUCUGCCACCGCAUCAACCUCCACCACCACGACAGCUACCACAGCCUCGCCAAGGCUCUCCGCCAGAUGUUUGUCGUUGACCAUGGACUGACGACGGCUGAUGACGGCGGCGAUCUUGAUCUUUCUAAUGCCAUUCCUGGUCAUCUUAUUGCUUAUGAAGAUAUGGAGAAUGAUCUUCUUCUUGCCGGCGACCUCAACUGGAAGGAUUUUGUGCGGGUGGCAAAGAGGAUUCGGAUAAUUCCAGCAAAGGAAAACUCAAGGAAGGGCAAAAGAACAGGAGCAUGA